AUGGAUUAUGCAAGUACAAGGAGAAAUGUGGGAAAAGAGUACAGCUUCGUAUGUUCAAGUAAGUUGGUGUCUGAAAACCAAUGGAUUCCCAAAAGGAUUUGCUGCUAUGCCUCUAGCUCGACAAACUCCAGUCGAUGCCGCAAGUUCACUAAUAUGGCAUACCCCAUGAGCCCAAUUAUUCGAAAAAGGUCACGCUGGAGAUCCUUUGCUGCAAGUUUGAACUUAGAAGAUGACGCUGCACCCUCUGACUCCACGUCAUCUUCAUCAGAGCAGACUGCUGAUGCUGAUGGAACUACCAACGGUGAUGCAUCUGAAGAUCUGCUUUCUCGAAAGCUGAGCUCUGAUGAGUUAAAGGCUCUUUUGGCUGAUUCAGAACGAAGUAAGCUUUUGAGAAGACUCAGCGAAGCAAAUCAAUAUAACCGAUUCCUCAAGAGACAGUUGCAAAUAAAGGAUGGUGCAGUUGUUAAGUUCAAAGGUGAACUUGCUGUUUUGGAACUAGAACUGCAGGCUCUGGUUGGCCUAGCUGAAGAGAUUGCUAAUUUUGAUGUUCCGUUAGGGUCUAGGAGGAUAAACGGAAAAUAUAUUCAAUCUCAUCUUCUCUCCAGAUUAGAAGCUGUUCAUGAUAAGAUUAUGGAACAGAUAAAGGAUGUUGGCUCUUUAAAGACCCAAGAAAUUUCUGUCUACUGGGUUGGCAUGGCUGAGAAUGUGCAAAUUAUGGGUUCAUUCGACGGAUGGUCACAGGGUGAGGCAAUGUCCAUGGAGUAUUCAGGUGACUAUGGAAGAUUCUCUGCGACUCUGAAGCUAAGACCUGGAAGGUAUGAGAUCAAGUUUUUGGUUGAUGGGGAAUGGAGAUUGUCGCCUGAAUAUCCCACUGCUGGAGAUGGAAUGACGCAGAACAAUAUUCUUAUUGUGGAGUAA